AUGACAAUCCCAGAAGCCACAGAAGUGGAAAUCAAUACAGAAUGGUCCAAAAUCUCAACCCAACUUAUACAAGAUCCUGAGAAUCUAAAGUUGUGGCAACAACUAAUUGAUGCUGCCGAAUUUAACAACAAACGAGGCAUUACCAAAUCCACACCAGUGCCACAAGUAGAAUUGCUUCGUGUUUCAUACCAAGAGCUCCUUAAGAAGUUUCCUCUUUUGUUUAAUUAUUGGAUCAAAUUGGCCACUUGGGAAUUCAAAUUGAAUGCAGACCGUGACAAGGCUGUGGAGGUAUAUCAACAAGGGUUACAACAUUUGCCUUAUUGCAUAGAACUAUGGAUUUCAUAUUUACAGUUCAGAAUCGAUACACUUAAGGAUGAAGAGGAUUUGAAUGAGGUGCUAAAAUUAUUUGAACAUGCAAGAGGUUUAAUUGGGUACCAUUUUCACGGUUUUGAGUUUUAUAAAUUGUACUUGACAUUCUUGGAAAGCUAUCAAGAUGCAGACAACCAAUUCCUCAAGAAAUUUUAUAUUUUACUCAGGGUUAUUCUAGAGAUUCCGAUAUAUCACUAUGAGUAUUUCUACAAGAAAUGGUUCAACAUCAUAGCUCAAAUAGGUCAAGAUCAAGAAUUUGCCAAGAAGGUCGUCCCAUUUAUUGUUCAGGUAAAGGAAUUGAAAGGUUCUGAUUACAAAACUCUAUCAGUUAAUCUCAAAAAGCUAUUCAUUGAUGCGUAUAUCACUACUCAGUUCAAGGUCUAUGAGUUAUUCCACUACGAGAAGAAGUUAUCCAGACAGUACUACGAUGUCAAGUUAAUAUCUCGACAACAACUAGAUCUCUGGUUUCAAUAUUUAGAAUUCUUAGAAAUUAAGAAAUCAAGCUACCCGACUAAGUUGCUUGAAUUGACUUAUCAAAGAUUUAUCUAUGCUACGGCGAGAUAUACCGAUUGUUGGAUCAAAUAUGCCGAUUUCUAUAUCUUCCAUGAGAAAUAUAACCUGGCAAAAUCUGCGUUGACUAGAGGAUUAAUUUACAAUGGUGACUACAGGAUUCUUCUCAAACUUGUUGAUUUGGAAGUGUUUUUAAAGCAAUAUUUCCGAGCCCGAGAGUUGAUUGUUAAUUAUAUUCUGAAUAACGUUUCAGUUCCAAUUCCUGUAUUUGAAAAACUAUUAAGUAUUGAAAGAGUAUUUAGUGAGAAUGAUGAUGAGUAUAUUCUCCAAUUAUUCAAGCAAAUCAUUCAAGAGACCCAAAAUGAUUACUUCUUCAACGUAUUGUUGAACUAUUCCAUCGAUCCAUCAAAAGCCCAAGAGGUAAUAAUGACUGCUUUAACAUCUUCACUAAUGAACUUCAAUGAUAAUAAUGCCAAUGGUAUUUCAAUAAAGAUUAUGCCCGGUAUGACAUAUUCCCAUGGUAGGCUGCAAAAUUCCCAAUUAAUUAAUACAGGAACUUGGAUCAAGUAA